CAUAACCUAACCUUGAUCUGUGCCAUGGCAGACUGGUUUGUUGGCCGAGUCAUAGAUAGGCUCAUCAACGCUUGCUCUGAUUACCUGCAAGAUCAGUACUUCGGAUGGCCGACAGCCAUGAAGGAGGAGCUCGAAAGGCUGCGAGAGAACAACCCCAAGAUCCAAGCUGUCGUCUCUGCUUACAACCGAGCACAGAUCAGAGAUCGGAACCCAGCACUCAACAGCUGGUUAUGGCAGCUACGAGAUGCCAUCGAUGAGGCAGAUGAUGUUCUUGAUGACUUUGAGUACAUGAGGCUUGAAGAACAAGAACGGGUGCUGAACAUGGAGGAAACAAAGGCGCCUUCUUCAUUCACUAGAUUAUUUUUGGAACCUGCUCGCAAACUUCGCAGAGUCUGCGAACAAGCCCUCAAAAAGGAUCCCAACUUGGAGAGACUGGAGGCAGUUGUGAAGAAACUUGAUACAGUUUCAGCUCAGGUCAGUACUUUUCUUGAUCUCGUUGAAAACAAAAAGCAGGAGCAGCAGGAGCAGCAGGGGCAGCAGGAGCUGGAGCUUCAGUUGCGCAAAGAUCGUGAAACAGGAUGCUUGCCCAAAAAUGUUCUCAUCGGUCGAGGCGAGGAGAAGGAUUUUGUUAUUCAGUGGUUGAGGAGGCCAACAAAUGAAGAUCCAACUCAUAUUGCUAGCCCUACUCUGUACAAAAACAUUUCUCUUCUAUCCAUAGUGGGUCAUGGAGGCGUGGGCAAGACAACUCUCUUGCAACACAUCUUUGAAGAUCUGAAAGAAGAAUUUGAACUGAAAAUAUGGGUUUGUGUCUCCAACGACUUUGAUGCAAAAAAGAUCAUUGAGGAUAUGUUGGAAUUUCUUAACGAGGAGAGCCCUCGUUUGGAGUCACCACUCGCUGCUGUUCAAAAGAGACUUAAAGCUGUGGUGCAAUCCAAAAGGUUUUUGCUUGUUCUGGAUGACGUUUGGGAGGAAGAUAUAAGCAAAUGGGAGAUUGUACUCUGCCCUCUAGUUUACGGAGGUUUGGGAAGUAAAAUUUUGUUGACUACACGGAUGGAUUCUGCUGCAGUGAUGAUUUCGAAUGCGAUUAGAAAGAAGAAUGAAAAGAAAAUGGCUCUAUACCUCUUGACAGCUGUCGUGCAAUCCAAAAGAUUCUUGCUUGUUCUAGAUGAUAUUUGGGAGGAAGAUAUGAGCAAAUGGGAGAAUGUGCUCUCCCCUCUGACUAAUGGAAGUUUCGGAAGUAAGAUUUUGAUAACUACUCGAAUGGCUGCAGUUGCAUCGACGAUUGCAAAUGUUUUUAAAAAGAAGAGGGAAACAUUGAGAAAGGGCUUGGAGGAAGAUGUGUGUUUGAAGCUACUCAACACCCAUGCAUUUGCUGGUGUAGAGAACCUUGGUGCUUAUACAAAAUUAUCAAACAUUGCUAGUUCGAUAGUUAAAAAGCUUUCAGGAUCUCGACUAGCAGCAAAGAUCGUCGGUGGUAUUCUCAAUUCUAACUUGAAAGAGAGCUUCUGGAUGAACAUUUUAAAUAGUUCUGAUGUUCUAAACAUUGAGCUGAGUUUUAUGUUGCUCCGACAACCUCUACAAAAUUGUUUUGCAUUUUGUGGCAUAUUCCCGCAAGAUCAUGAGUUUGAUAAAGAUGAUUUAGUCCGAAUGUGGAUUGCAUUGGGUUUCAUUCAAGAAUCUUCUAUUGAAGGAGAGACUUUGGAAGAUAUUGGAGGGAGGUAUUUUGAUGUUUUGGUCAAAAAAUCUUUCUUUGACGAGUUUCAGUAUCACGAAAAAAUCUAUUAUAAGAUGCAUGAUUUAUUACAUGAUUUGGCAGAGUCUAUUUCUUCAGAGGAAUGUUUCAGAUUUGUGGGAGAUGAUGUUUUAUCUCUUAAAACUCCUAAAAUUAUUCGACACUUAUUUAUUAAAACUGAAAAUCUCGAAGUGCUAAGAAUGAUCAAAAAUGUUAAAAGCUUACGUUCACUUUUUCUUACAAGUGAAAGACGUGGCCAAUAUUUCACUGAAAUACUUGCUGAAGUUUUUGAAGCUUCGAGCAGGAUUCGUUUGUUGUUCAUACACUCUACACAUCAGAAAAAAAUGCCUGAGGCUAUUAAAAAUUUGAGACAUCUUCGAUAUUUGAAGCUUACUGUUAAUCUCACUCCAAGAUCUCUAAGCAGUCUUUAUCAUUUGCGGUUCAUAAUCUAUAAAAAGGGGCUUUCGGGAGCUCGCUUAGAUGAUUUCUUGCUUGGCGAUUUGAGUUAUCUUUCUAAUCUACGUCACUUGGAAUUGCCCGGCGAUGUGAGUAUACCUGGAAUUGGGAAAUUAAGGUCACUUCAAGAACUAAAUGAGUUUAAUGUGAAGAAUGAGAAUGGUUAUCGGAUUGGGGAGUUGGAACAUAUGAAUGAUUUGCGCAAAUUAAAAGUACAUUUUCUGGAAAAUGUGAAAGAUGCUGUAGAGGCUCGCAAUGCAAAAUUAUUUGAUAAGAGAAAACUCACACAUUUACUCUUGAAUUGGGGCAAAACUGUUGUUGAACGGAACUCAGACAUGAAGCAUUAUACUGUUGAUGAAAGGAAAUCAGACAGGGAAGUUGGAAGCCUACGGAACAUUGUCAAUUCUGACUUAGAUGUGAUUGUGCUUGAAAAUCUUAAACCAUACAAAAAUCUAAAAAGAUUGUCCAUAGUGUCAUAUGAGGGUGCAAGCUCUGCAAAAUGGAUGUACAAUGCUGAAUUGAUCUCCAAUCUAGAGUACAUCCGUCUGGACGAGUGUUCCGAGUGGGAAACUCUUCCACCUUUUGGGAAGCUUCCCCACCUUAAGUCACUGUACCUUGGUAACAUGCCAAAAGCAAAGCGGCUUGAUUAUAAUUUCCAUGUGAAUGACAACGUUUCUGUCUUUCCAUCGUUGCAGGUGCUAAAUAUGGAGGGAUUACAGGGAUUACAAGUAUUGGAGCAAGUAUUGGAGGAUUGGUUUGAUGGAGCAGCAGCAGCAGCAUAUGACUGUUUCUUUCCUUGCUUAACUGAACUCUUCUUCGUUAACUGCCCAAAUCUGCAGGAGUUGCCCUGUGUGCCUCCUAAGCUCAAGAAGAUGAAGAUAAAAAACAUCGGAUGGAAGGCUGCUUUGAACUGCAAGCAAGGCUCUAACAACUGUUGCGGCAUUUCAAAAUCGAUUCCCCUUGAAACAUUACAGGUCCUUUCGUGUUCAAACAUCACAUCUCUUCUUCAGGCGGAUGUAAGACUUGAAGCACUGAGAAAAUUGAGUAUUGAAGAUUGCCCCAAUCUGAUUUCUCUCCGCGGAGACCCAUCCUUGUUGCCAACAGUAAGUAUCGCCUCCUUGGAAGAGCUCACAAUUUUUAAUAAUGAUGUGCAGUGGUUUCCACACGUUUGCUCUUCCCUUCGUGAGUUGAGCUUUAGAGGCCUCAAAUCCCUGCAUGUUCCUCAGCUUCAGCAGCUUCCACACAUCCCCGUCUCCCUGGAAGAAAUACAUCUUAGCAACCUCGAAUCAUUGCAGUGCCUGCCAACGUCUUUGUCUGCCAUCUCAUCCUUUAAACGUCUAGAAUUAAAAAACAUUCCAUUACUCAAAUCAUUGCCAGACCUCCCUUCCUCCUUGGAAUUUCUGACUGUAGAAAGUCUUGAUAACCUAGAGUGCCUGCCAUCUUCUUUGUCGGCCAUCUCAUCCCUCAACCGUCUAUCGUUCUAUAGCAUUCCACUCCUCAAAUCAUUGCCAGAACUCCCUCCUUCCUUGAAUUCACUGUCUCUAUAUGAGCUUGAUAGCCUACAGUGCCUGCCAUCUUCUUUGUUGGCCAUCUCAUCCCUCGAGCAGCUAGAAUUAUAUAACAUUCCACUCCUCAAAUCAUUGCCACACCUCCCUUUCUCUUUGGAUUCGCUGCAUCUAAGUAAUCUUGAUAACAUAGAGUGCUUGCCAUCUUCAUUGUCGACCAUCUCAUCCCUCGAUAGUCUAGAAUUAAUGGAAUUUAAUAGCAUUCCACUCCUGAAAUCAUUGCCAGAACUCCCUCCCUCCUUGAAUUCAUUGUCUCUAAGUGGUCUUGAUAACCUACAGUGUCUUCCAUCUUCUUUGUCGGCCAUCUCAUCCCUCAACAGUCUAGAUUUAUAUAGAAUUCCAGUCCCCAAAUCAUUGCCAGACCUCCCUCCCUCCUUGUAUUCACUGGCUCUAUAUAGUCUUGAUAACAUAGAGUGCCUGCCAUCGUCUUUGUCGGCCAUCUCAUCCCUCAGCCGUCUAUAUUUAAAUAGCAUUCCGCGCCUGAAAUCAUUGCCAGACCUCCCCUCCUCCUUGGAGUCACUGCGUCUAUAUAAGCUUCAUAACCUAGAGUGCCUGCCAUCUUCUUUGUCCGCCAUCUCAUCCCUCUACCGACUAGAAAUAGAAAGCAUUCCACUCCUCAAAUCAUUGCCAGAGCUCCCUUCCUCCUUGGAGUCACUGACUCUAGCUAGACUUGAUAACCUACAGUGCCUGCCAGCUUCUUUGUCGGCUGUCUCAUCCCUCUGGUAUCUAGAAUUAUAUAAAAUUCCACUCCUCAAAUCAUUGCCAGACCUCCCUUCCUCCUUGUAUUCACUGGCUAUAUCAAAUUGUCAUCCAAAGUUGAUGAAGCGUUAUAAAAAACUUUCAGGCUCUGAUUGGCACAAGAUCGCACACAUUCCCAAGGUCCGUAUUGAUUAUAUGUAAUAGUUGUUGUGUGUGUGAUUGGUGUCACUCCAAAUCAAUCUCUUCCCAUCAAUAUGUGAAUAUGUGAUUUUCAUGAGCAACUAUUUGGUCUUAGAAAUUUCAAAUUUUGUAGUUCAAUACCAUAAGUGUGAUUUGAAUUUGUUCAUCUUGUCAUCUUCUCAAAAUUUCACCGAAGAGUUAAACAAUUACGAAUUAACCCAUGAUUAUAGGUUAGAUUUUCUAAUUAUUGCCAAUUUGUUAGUACUUUUGUUUCUUGAAACAAUUAGAUUAUAAAAUGAUUGUUUUG